AUGCUGCCGCUGCCGCCGCGCCUCCGGCUGCUGCUCCGUGAGGGGCCCCCGCUCCGUGAGGGGCCCCCGCUCCGUGAGGGGCUCCCGCCGGACCCCCCGCCUCCCCCUCGGCCCGCCCCGCCCUUCGCCUUCGCCCCCCGCCGCCUCCGCCUCGGCCCGCAGCACCCGCUGUUCGAGGACGGCGACGUGCACAGGCACCUCUACCUGCAGGGCGUCCUCACCAGCCUCGAGGAGGUGCCCGAGAGACCCAAGGUGUCCGAGUUCAGCUGCCACAUCUCCGGGUGCAGCCAGGUGUUUGACACGCUGGAGAGCUACGAGCACCACUACAACACCCUGCACAGGAAUGUCUGCUCCUUCUGCAAGCGCUCCUUCCCCUCUGGGAAUCUCCUGGAUAUCCACAUCUUGGAGUGGCACGACUCCCUCUUCCAGAUAAUGGCCGAGAAGCAAAACAUGUACCAGUGUCUGGUGGAGGGCUGCACGGAGAAGUUCAAGAGCAGCAAGGACAGGAAGGAUCACUUGGUGACCGUGCACCUGUACCCUGCUGACUUUCGCUUUGACAGGCCCAAGAAGGUGAAAAGUGGCUCCAAGCACACGAGCUCUCCCAUGGAGCAGGGCACCAGCGUGCCCAUGGAUGUGAGCGUGGAGAUGGGAGAGCAAUUCCAGGUGAAUCCCAUGGAAACAGGGCCUGAGGAGAACAUGGACAUCUCUCAGCCUGCAGCCAGCCCUGGCCCCUCACUGCCAGAGAAACGGCUCUACAAAUCCAGGAUCCCAUCCACAAUUUGCUUUGGACAAGGUGCCACCCGAGGGUUUAAAGGACCACGGAAAAAAGUCUGAAGGUCGGUGCAGCAGAUUUGUGCAAGAUGAGCAGGCAUGGAGGCAGUGCCACCAGGGAUAUUUCCAG